CAGCGACGAUCGCCAUGUUCUUGACCGUCGUUUCAUAACCUCAUGCCCAAUUAUUGUUACUCACCUAGUCACUCAUUUCUGCAGAUUCAACAACAAGCGCAUCGAUGCCUGACCACUACACAUACGACCACAGCCUGAGCAAUGGCACUGCCAAAGCCCAAUUGUUCUUUCGUUAUUCCUAGCAUCCAUGACGAUCUGGAAUUAAAUUGCCGAAUUUACUAUCCCAGACGAACGGAACAAAAUGCAGAACUCUUUGGCGGGACUUUCGCGAUUUUCGCGCAUCCUUACGCACCGCUGGGAGGUAGCUACGAUGAUCCUGUAGUGGGAAUUGCAGGAGGUGUUCUUCUCCGAUAUGGGUGUGUAUUGGUCACGUUCAAUUUCAGGGGAGCAUCAGGCUCUGCAGGACGAACAUCGUGGUCUGGAAAGGCCGAGUUGGCCGACUACGUUUCUGUGUACGGGUUCGUGUUGUGCUACAUUGAUGCAGUGUUCCGCGAGGUCUCGGGGCCUGUCUCGGACGACGACACAAACAGCGUUACUGGCCCACCAAUACUGAUUCUGGGAGGGUACUCGUACGGAUCUAUGAUUGCGGCUCACUUACCAUCGCUGGAGACGGUGACCGGCAUAUUGAAAGAGCCCAAGCCGGAUUCAGCAGAGAGCGAGAUCAGGUUACGGGCAAAUGACCUUGCGAAAGAUAUGAAGGCCUAUUUUGCGAUGCAUCCAGCAGCUGGAGGAAGUCAUGCUUUGCCCAACUCUCCGAGUCAAAUGGGAGGCUAUGGUUCAGAUGCCGCCAGUCGCAGGAUCCAUCGAGAGUCGUCGCGGAGAAGCAUCGAUGGUGAAAGAGUCAGGAAAAGUGUCGAUAGGGUGCGGAGGAAGCUCAGCAGAGACACUAGUGGUCGUAUUCAAAGUGUGUCGUCCGACAACACGGUGGAAUCUAAGCCUCCCGCUACAAGAUCGUCACCGGUAAUGCCACGGCUGGCGUAUGUGUUGGUGUCACCACUGCUGUCGACGGUUGCUGGAUUCACUACGAUGUUCUCCAAGCUGAAAUUCACUCCCAAGGGCGGUGGUGGAGGUAUUGUUCCGACAGAAGAGUUUCACGAACUCGUCAGUCAUCCGUGCUGCUGCCUCUACGGUACCGAAGACAUAUUCACGUCGGAACGCAAGUUGCGGAGGUGGACGGAAGAAUUGGUUGGUAAAGCAGGGCCGAAAUUUGUCGUCGUGACUGCACAGACCGGUCACUUCUGGCGCGAAGCUGAUGGGCCGCUUCGGAUUCGGCAGGGACUUGCAGAUUGGCUGAGAGCGUUACUACCAACGCUGGAGGAAAGUCAUCCUCAGAACAUCGGAAAGACUGCUUCGUAAUGCUGGCACGGAAUGCGCGUCCAAGUUCAAAGGGUAAACACAGAUAACAAUACGAUGGAUGGCGGACUUCCGUCGAUCGACAUAUAUGUUAACAAACCCAAGCUCGGAGUCGAGCGCUGCCAAUAGGCCACAAA